UUCAAACACUAGUAGAGUAGAGAAAUGGAGCUUCAAGACACAGCAGCAAGCCGUGUAUCAAUUGGAUUUCCUUUGGGUUUAGCCCUUCUCUUUGUUUGUUUAUUGUUCAUUUGUGGCUUCUUUUGUUGUUGCUUACAUUGGAACAAACUCCAAUCUUUGUUUCGAUAUUCUGAGGCUAUUAUCCCUCAAUCUUUGGGACAAGCUCAGAUACAAGCAGACAUCACUUCCUCUCCCCAGAAACCAGUUUUUCCUGUUGUGAUGAUGAAGAAGAAUUAUGCUGAGAGCUUGCCUGUGCUGAUGCCAGGGGAUGACAUCCCAAAAUUCAUAGCCAUGGCAUGCCCAUGUCAGCCUCCAAGAGAGGAAAGGAUCACAAUUCAUGUGGAGAAGGCAGAAACUACUAAUUUUUGCAGUGGCAACUAAAAGAGUUGCUGCUUUCAAGCCUAACCCUUUCGUAAUUAAGGGUAGUUUACAUAUAUACAUAUCUUGGAACUCUUCUCAAUAUACAACAGCUAAAAGCUCUUUGAUAGCUUUGUGCUGAGUGAGAUAGUAUACCAAGCACACAGAAGGUGCCAUAAGAUACAAAUUAGGGAGCCCAUUUUAUUUUUUAUUAGAAUGGGAAAAAAAAUGGCUAAUAUCAACAAAGCUCUCUCCCUAGUUCAAGGACACUUUUUUAUCUGCUCCUUUAAGUCUAAGAGUAAGACUAAUGCCACUACCUCAAUGCACCACUUCUG